CCACAGGGAGACCUUGGAAAUUCUUUGGCAGCCCUCUUCACCUGGGCCUUGGCCCCCUCCCAGAGGCCCCUUCCCCUCUGUGCACUCUCUGACACUCUGCAUGGACUUUUCCUGCGUGUCCCAGAGCACUGAGCCUUCCUUAGGGAGGAGCCAGGGGUGCCAGAGACCCAGGAUGAGGAGCUUGGCAGAGAGGAGGCCCAGGGGGUGCUGCAGCCCAGGCCCUUGCCAUGGAGUCCAUGUUUGAGGAUGAUAUCAGCAUCCUGACUCAGGAAGCUUUGGGCCCCAGUGAGGUGUGGCUGGACGCUCCUGGAGACCCCUCACUGGGGGGAGACAUGUGCUCCGCCUCCCACUUUGCCCUCAUCACAGCCUACGGAGACAUCAAGGAGCGGCUGGGGGGCCUGGAGAGGGAGAAUGCCACCCUCCGCCAUCGCCUCAAAGUCUAUGAGAUCAAGUAUCCGCUGAUCAAUGACUUUGGAGAGGAGCAUGGCUUCUCGCUGUAUGAAAUCAAGGAUGGCUCCCUGUUGGAGGUGGAGAAGGUCAGCUUACAGCAACGUCUCAACCAGUUCCAACAUGAGUUGCAGAAGAACAAGGAGCAGGAAGAACAGCUCAGGGAGAUGAUCCAGGCUUACGAGAAACUCUGCGUGGAGAAGAGCGACCUGGAGACAGAGCUGGGGGAGAUGCGGGCCUUGGUGGAGACCCACCUGCGGCAGAUCUGUGGUUUGGAGCAGCAGCUGCGGCAGCAACAAGGCCUCCGGGACACAGCCUUCUCCAGCCUGAGCCCCCCGCCCGCCUCUGCCCCGCCCUGUGCUGAUCUGGAUGUGCACUACUUGGCGCUGAGAGGGGGAUCUGGCUCGAGUCACGGCUGGCCAGGCCCCACGCCGCUGAGUGUGAGUGAGCUGGAGCGGAGGCGCCUGGAAGAGGCUCUGGAGGCUGCUCAGGGAGAAGCCCGCGGGGCUCAGCUUCGGGAGGAGCAGCUCCAAGCCGAGUGCGAACGGCUACAGGGGGAACUGAAGCAGCUGCAGGAGACCCGGGCCCAGGACUUGGCCUCCAACCAGUCAGAGCGGGAGAUGGCGUGGGUGAAAAGAGUUGGAGAUGACCAGGUGAAUUUGGCGCUGGCUUACACGGAGCUGACAGAGGAACUGGGCCGGCUCAGGGAGCUGAGUUCUCUGCAGGGGAGGAUCUUGAGGACCCUGCUGCAAGAGCAGGCCAGGGGAGGAGGCCAGAGGCACUCGCCUCUCUCACAGCGCCACUCCCCGGCCCCCCAGUGCCCCUCGCCAUCCCCACCCGCCCGAGCGGCGCCCCCAUGUCCCCCGUGCCAGUCCCCGGUCCCCCAGCGCCGCUCCCCCGGGCCCCCGUGCCCCUCGCCCCAGCAGCGCCGCUCGCCCGCCUCGCCCUCCUGCCCAUCGCCUGUCCCGCAGCGCCGAUCGCCGGUGCCGCUGCCGCCGUGCCAGUCCCCCAGCCCACAGCGCCGCUCCCCGGGGCCCCCAGCCUGCCCGGCCCCGCAGCCCCGGCCGCCGCCGCCCCUCCCACCGCCAGGGGAGAGGUCGCUGGCGGAGCGCGCCUAUGCCAAGCCGCCCAGCCACCACGCGAAGGCCGGCUUCCAGGGCCGGCGCAGCUAUUCAGAGCUGGCCGAGGGCGCGGGCUACGCGGGCGCCUCUCCGUCCUGGCUGCAGGCCGAGGCGGCCACGCUGCCCAAACCACGGGCCUAUGGCGCGGCCGAGCUCUAUGGCCCUGGCAGGCCGCUCAGCCCACGGCGCGCCUUCGAGGGCAUCCGCCUGCGCUUCGAGAAGCAGCCGUCAGAGGAGGAGGAGUGGUCCGUGCCUCCCAGCCCGUCCAGCCCCGAGGCGGGCACCAUCCGCUGCGCCUCGUUCUGCGCCGGCUUCCCCAUCCCGGAGUCGCCCGCAGCCACGGCCUAUGCCCACGCCGAGCACGCACAGUCCUGGCCGUCCAUCAACCUGCUGAUGGAGACAGUGGGCUCUGACAUUCGCAGCUGCCCCCUCUGCCAGCUGGGUUUCCCUGUUGGGUACCCAGACGAUGCCCUCAUCAAACACAUUGACUCCCACUUGGAGAACAGCAAGAUCUAGGGGGCCUCUCCCACCCGCUGGCUGUUUCUCUGCCCUCUCCCAUCACCCCCAAGCACUCACUCACUUUGAAUGCUGCAUGAAUCUCGUGGGGGGCCCCUGCCCCUUGCGACCCCCAGAUACCUCCACUAGCUACUGAGUCAACAAGUCAACGUGUGUGCUGUCUUCCCUGGUCUGGGCACCACGCAGUCCUGGCUCUUCCCAGGAGGUCAGUCGAGGCUCUCCCCAGCUCCCUGGCUUCCAAUGGGAGGUGGGGAUCGGGGCUGGGGCCGCGAGGGGAGCGCCUCACCCAGCCUCUCCCUCUGCCUUUCUGUUCUCAAACACAGUUGGAUCCAAGGAGGUAUCUAGUGCUUGGGCCUGGGGUAGAGGGAGGGUAUCGGAGGACCCCAGGAGCUCCCCCAGCCCCUCCCCAGAUGUCCGUCUUUCUCAGGCUGGGCUCUGCCCAAGGAACGUCUCCCAGUGGGGUUCCAGAGCCCGCCCUGCGCACGAUGCCAGUUCGUCCGCCCCGUGGCCAGCUCAGGGCGUGUGGCGUGGGCCCCCACAGCGGGGAAGGAGGCAUCUCGAUUCUUGCCAUUCUCUGCAGGCCGCCCCGUUCACCUGCUCCGCCCACUCUGGGGGACAGGGAGGGUGGGAGAGGAGAGGGAGGACCCUGGAGGACUGGAAGGACACAGCCUAAAGAGGCUGCCCUAUGGGCCAGGAGUCCCUGCACAUGACCCUCAGGCCAGGGGACUCCCUGUGCCGACCUCCUAGGCCCGUGCCCGCCCCCGGAGCCCCCAGCACUGAGGCACAGCUUGUUAUGGCAGUCGCUCCCCUUCCCCCACUGGAGCCCCUGACACCAACAGGUACCCUGCAGCCCGUGUGUGACUCAGCCUCUGUUAGCUGGGUGGGUGUCAUCAGCCCUGCCUCCCAGGCCAGAACCUGAGGAUGGGCCCAGGGUGCUGUGGAGAUCAAAUUCAAAAGAGCUAACCCCCUUCCCACACCCCAGUGACCCACAUUCCCUCUGUGAAAUCUACCUCAGAGUCGUACCCUCAGAAGGAUGGGUAAACAGGAGGCCAGGGGGUCCCGGGGCUGAGGUGGGAGCUUCCUACAGCAAGAGCCUGCCACCCACGAUGAACCCACUCCUCCCCCCCACUGCCAGCCUCUCCUGGGUCUCAAGCCAGGACGGGUGGCAGUGGACGCUAUUGUCAGCGCAUGUACCAUUCGAUCCAACUCUUCCAGGCCCCCCACCUCCUCACAUGCCUCCUCCUCAGCGCAAGGGAGUGAAGGGGCGUGUUGGGGGGAAGGGGCCAAGGACUCCAGAGACACGUGGCAUUGUACCUUGAAUGUUCCCCCCAGGAGGGGAAAUGGGGAAAGGGGAAUGCAGAGGGGAGGUGGGGCCCCUCAGCCCCCUGAACAAGUUGA